AUGAAUGAACCUGAUUAUAUGAACGAACCCGAUUAUAUGAAUAACCCUGAUUAUAUAAAUGAACCUGAUUAUAUGAACAAACCCGAUUAUAUGAACAAACCCGAUCAUAUGGAUGAACCUGAUUAUAUGAAUGAACCCGAUUAUUGUUUUGAACCCGAUCAUUUUUUUGGUCCUGAUUUUUAUUUUGAACCCGGUCUUUUUGAAUCUGACCUUGUUAAUAAUCAAACAGCUUCCGCGUUGACCUUUCAAAAGUUUCAUGUAAAUAUUUCUUUGUAUUUACAUUUGUAUUUUAUCGAUGGAACUAUAGCCGACUAA